AUGGGUGUCUGCGUGUCGUGUCUGCGCGGGCAGGAGAGGACCGAGUCCGAGUCCUCUCGUUUGUUGGACGAGGACAUAUACCAGUCCGGGUUCAAUUACGGAACAGUCCAAGGACCGCCUCCAGGGCCGGAACUCGAGACGUUGAAACGCGAGAGAGAGGCUCUUGAAGCGAUCUGCCAACGAGCGUCUGAUUCCGUCGUCAAUAUCUGGGCCGUUCAAUCACAGCCAUUCGUGCCCUCUGCCCAAAGUAGCGCUCAGGCGUCCCGCAUCCCAAGCUCAGAAGCAACCAUCACUCAAGCAACUUUUAAAUCAGACCCAUACAACUCGACGCAAUCCCCUCCAAGGGAAUCGCGCGGAUCCCAGUCUUCUCGUCAGUCGUCGUCACCUACUCCGGGCGAAUUCGCAGGAAUGAGAUACAUGUCAUGCCGAAACCCCGAUUAUCCGCAUAACGUAAACUUAGCUGCCGUCCCCAAACACUGGGGUGAGGUUGUGAUGACCACGAGGAAAGGGAAGAAAACCCGACCUGCUUUGAACCUUGAUCAGGGGAAGAAGGACGAAGAUGACGUCUUUGGAGUGCUAAGGGUUAAAUGA